UCCACUUAAAAACUGAUUCCCCGCAGCCAAAUCUCUCUCAAAUACUUCACCCCUGCCCUGCCUUCAGUUUCUUUAGGAUUCCAGUUUAGCCUGUGUUUUGUAUCCUUUUCUUCUCUACCCAGGACAGCAUACAACGUUAGAUUCAAAGCGCCUUAACAUUGUUGUUUGUAUAUCUGUCUGUUAAUUUCUUCCUUCAGCAAGCAUAACGAAAAUAGGACAGAAAAAAAGAUCCCAUAAUCUCAGUUUUCUCAGCCGAAAAUUGUUUGCAAUUGAUUUAGCUAAGAGACUUCAUGGUGAUGCUUCCACUUCAAGAUCUGUGUGGACCAUGUGGCUUAACUGCCCGUAAAAUUUAGCAGAUAACUGAUGGGCAGAUCUUGUUACUGGAGUGAGCUUACAAUCAUAAACAUACGAUUGCUGAAGCUAAUUUUUGUUACAGAAAUGUAACACCCCAGUGCUGAUCGAAGAGAGAAAAGUGUUCCGGAAAUAAACAUUGCUAAAAUUCCAACCCUGCAUCUCUAGCUCUAUCAUUUCCAUCCUUAAAGCUUUUCUACCGGAUUUUGGGGUAUGGUAUAUGAUUGUGUGAAAGGUAGAUGAAGUUUGGGCUAUCAUCAUGAAUCAUCAUGCUGUCGUAUCGGUAACAAAAAGUGAGACCAGUAAAGGAGGCACACAACCAUUUUGCACAACCUUAUUUCCAGUCCAGAAUUCUCUUAGCGGCAAAUCAGAUUGUCAAACUUCAUUGACAGGUGAAUCUUCUUCUCCCCGCCCAUCCCCGUUGAUACAGGCAGAAUCUCUCGGUUCUCCAAGUAAAAUGGAACUGUCUACAGCCCAACAUCAAAUGUAUUGUCUGAAAUUUGGACCAGACAGCCCUCUUUCCCCUACUUCCCAUGUCCAAAGUACUAAGAGCACAUUUCAACGCUCUUCUGUCUUCUGUACAAGUUUAUAUCUGUCAUCUUCAUCGAUCUCUGAAACUAAUCGACAGCUCGGAAAUUUGCCGUUUCUCCCACAUCCUCCAACAUACAGCCACUCCGUUUCUGCCACUGAUUCAACAAAAUCUCCCCUGCUUUUCAGUGAGGAUUUAAGCAAUCAGUACGACGAGGAGCAUUCAGCUGCUUUUAUGAAAGACUUUCUUAAUUUGUCUGGAAAUGCUUCUGAGGGAAGCUUUCAUGGUAUGAACUAUACAGGUGACAAUUUAGAACUAACAGAGCAAUUGGAGCUGCAGUUUUUGUCUGACGAACUUGAAAUAGCUAUCACAGACCACGGAGAAAACCCCGGGCUUCAUGAAAUAUAUGGAACUCCUGAAACUUCAUCGAAACCAGCUACAGGAUUCGCAUGCAACCAGGACUCUCCUUCCGUUGACGCACUUUCAAGCCACCCCUCCCCUGGUUCAUCCACUGCACACAAGCCAAGGAUGAGAUGGACGCCUGAGCUUCACGAACGCUUUGUAGAGGCUGUCAAUAAGCUUGAUGGGGCUGAAAAGGCUACUCCAAAGGGUGUGUUAAAGCUUAUGAACGUUAAAGGUUUGACCAUCUAUCAUGUGAAAAGCCACUUACAGAAAUACCGACUUGCCAAGUAUUUGCCGGAAAAGAAGGAAGAGAAGAAAGCUUCUUGCUCUGAAGAAAAGAAAGUGGCUUCAAUCAACAUUGACGGUGAUGUGAAGAAAAAAGGGACAAUUCAAAUCACUGAAGCUCUUCGCAUGCAAAUGGAAGUCCAGAAGCAGCUACAUGAACAACUUGAGGUACAGAGAACUCUGCAGUUACGGAUAGAGGAACAUGCUAGGUAUUUGCAAAAGAUAAUAGAGCAGCAGAAUGCUGGCAGUGCCUUACUUUCUCCCAAAAACCUGUCAGCAUCAACCAAUCCACCUAAAGAUUCUGAGCUGCCACCUCCUUCCCCGUCAGCUGUUGCUGAGUCUAAAAUUGAAUUGUCAUCACCCCUGCCUUCAUCAAAGCAUAAAGCAGCUGACAGUGAUAAUUUUGAAAAACAAACAUCCGAGAAAAGGAUCCGUCUUGAAGAAAAGUCAGAAUCAGCAUCAGAAGAUGCUGUGGUUGAAGAUCCUCCUGUAUAACAACAUUGGCCUUGCUGCGGCUACCAGUACUCGCUAGUCUCAAUUGUUUGGAAGUCUCCAAGAUAAUACAAGUCUGUAGACCUUCGAUCCCUUGUAAAAUAGUAUAAUUGAAUUGAGAGUUGCUUGAUUUGUAUCUCAUGACAUUUUAGCUGUUUGAAUAAAAAGAAAAACUAGCAUUUCGAAUUGC